UUGUUUGUUUGCGUAAAUUUUGUAGUAAACACGUCCCAAUUUUCGGACAUUGUUUAAUUUCCUUAUAAACAUUAUUCUAUGUUUGUGUAAUGAAAAUAAGUUUCAUAAUGGAUACGCAGUUAACAUAUGAGACAGCGGUCAAGAAAGCUCAAUUGGUGGAGCGUAACCCUCAAUUUCAGUUGGAUCCAAUGCGUGUGUCAAUGCACGAUGAAACUGACAUAAUAAAUCUAGCACAGCAAAUACAAUCGGCGGAUAAACAAUUGAAAAAUAGCACCAGUCAAAAAUUAGUUGUUAUACUCGAUCAGAUAAAACUGCUGCAAGCACAGGCAAUGGAUAUAUUGAGAGAGUCCAAUGACAGUCAAGCACUACAUAGCGCUGCCUGUAAUUUUACCAAGAAGCCUGGGCAUACUUAUCAUCUUUAUCAAAGAUCUACGGGACAGAACUAUUUUAGCAUGUUGUCACCAGAAGAAUGGAAUCAUCCGGCGGAUCAAACCUUCAAGGGCAGCUAUAGACUUGAAUAUGAUUUAACCUGGACGCCAAUCGAUAAAAUUAAAGAACACGAUGAAAAACUUAAAUGGGUGGAACAGUGCAUGAAUAGUAAUAGUGGCACAACAGCUGCAAUAGAUUUUAACAUAACGAAUAAUUAAGGAAAUAAUAAAUUUAUAU